AUGCAGAAAUCUAUUCUAUUCUUCCUCGGCGCCCUCGCCUCGACCGUUGCUGCUGCCCCCCAGUACACUGCCAGCAGCCUCCUUUAUGCCAGAGAAGGAGAAUGCUCCAGCGCGGCUCAAUGUCCCGCUGGAUACUGCUGCUCUCAGUAUGGCUACUGCGGUACUGGCGCUGAAUACUGUGGCGGUGGUGGCAACAGCGGCGGCGGUGGCAGCGGCGGCGGGAGCGGAAGCUACCCGGGUCUCGACGAUGUUCAAAGCCGUAAUGCCGCUGCCGCCAUAGGUGAGGUCCGCGCCGAGGGUCUCAACCGACAGGCUUGUCUUGCCGUCAUCAGCACUGCCCUUCAGGAGUCCACUUUGCACAUCUAUGCCAACAACGCUGUUCCCGAGUCUCUGAACUACCCCCAUGAUCUCGUAGGCGGAGACCAAGAUAGCGUUGGUAUGUUCCAGCAGCGACCUCAGUGGUACCCAGAUAUUGCGAAAGACAUGUCUGCUGCUGGCAGCACCAGCCAGUUCCUGGCGGCUAUGGUUGCCAUCCCCGGAUGGCAAACCAUGGAAAUUUCGGCCCUCGACCAAGCUGUGCAGAAGGCUGAGGCUGGAAAUCUUUAUGCUCAACGCAUUCCCCUUGCUACCCAAGUCUGCGAUGCUGCUGGGGGCUGGUAA